CACCACCACCACCACCACCACCACCACCACCACCACCAUCAGCACCACCGCCGCCGCCUCCUCUUCAUCCUCCUCGUCCUACUUCCUCGACGCCGCGCAGAAUCAACAUCAACAUGCAUCCCACCCCCCUCCUCGCCGCCUUCGUCCUCGGCCUGGCAACACUCGUAUCCGCCGCCCCACGGCCGCAGAUAAUCAUCAACCCGAUCAACGUCAAGAUCGAGCUGUACGCCGACGCGAACUACAAGGGCGACAGUAUCAAGGUCGAGCCCGCGCGGAGCUCGUGUAACGAUGUUGGCUCGAAGAUGAAUGAUCGGAUCACCAGCUUCAAGGUCCUGUACGGCUGCUGUAAUUUCUAUCGGAACGGGGGAUGCAACGAUCUGCUCUUCCAGGCGGACCGCAGAGAACACUCGAAUAUCGGGUCGACGAAUAGUGAUCAGAUCAGCAGCUACAAGUGCAAUCUGACUUGCGGUACGAUCUAGAUGGAUGGAUGGAGGCGGCGGACGGGUGGGCUGUGGGGGUGUGGGCUGCGGGGUAGGCUGCGGGGCUGUGCGGCUGGUAGGGGGAAUAUCAGUGGCCGUGUUGGAGCACAUGCGCAUUAUAGAAUGUGCUUCUUGCAUGCUGAAGGAGAAUUGCAACA